AUGUCUGGAAACUGCUGUUCUAGGAAAUGCCCGUCCGUGCCAGGCAUCUCUCUCUGCUCCACUGAAGUGAGCUGUGGAGGGCCUGUCUGCUUGCCCAGUUCCUGCCGGAGCCAGACAUGGCAACUGGUGACUUGUGAAGGUAGCUGCGGAUCAUCUAGCUGUGGCCCACAGUGCUGUCAGCCCUCUUGUUCUGUUAGCAGCUGUGCCCAACCUGUGUGUUGUGAAGCCACCAUCUCCACCAUCUGUGAGCCCGCCUGUGCUGUGAGCAGCUGUGCCCAACCUGUGUGUUGUGAAGCCACCAUCUGUGAGCCCGCCUGUGCUGUGAGCAGCUGUGCCCAGCCUGUGUGUUGUGAAGCUACCAUCUGUGAGCCCGCCUGUGCUGUGAGCAGCUGUGCCCAGCCUGUGUGUUGUGAAGCCACCAUCUGUGAGCCCGCCUGUGCUGUGAGCAGCUGUGCCCAGCCUGUGUGCUGUGAAGCCACCAUUUGUGAGCCUUCUUGCUCAGUGAGCAGUUGCUGCCAACCUGUGUGCUCUGAGGCCCCUUCCUGCCAGCCAGUUCUCUGUGUACCUGCUUCCUGCCAGUCCAUGAUAUGCAAACCCAGCUGUUGCCAGCCAGUCAUCUGUGAGCCCAGCUGCUGUUCAGCUGUCUGCACUGCGCCUAGCUCCUGCCAACCAGUGGUCUGUGAGCCCACUUGCUGUCAGCCAGUCUGCCCCACACCUAGCUGCUGUCCGUCUGUCUGCUCUGUGGCUAAUAGCUGCCAGGCUGUCUGCUGUGACCCCAGUCCUUGUGAGCCAUCUUGCUCAGAGCCCAGCAAUUGCCAGCCAGCUCCCUGUGUGGCUCUGGUCUGUGAGCCCGUCUGUCUUCGCCCUAUCUGCUGUGUUCCAAGCCCUUGUGAGCCACCUUGUGUCUCCAGCACUUGCCAAGAGCCCUCUUGUUGCAUCUCCAGCAUCUGCCAAUCCAUCUGCUCUGAACCCAGUCCUUGUUCAGCAAGUAUCUGUGUACCCAGUCCAUGUCAAUCUAACUGCUACAUAGUUAAGCGCUGCCGGUCCACCUGCCCUGAGCCUAUUUCCUGCCCAUCUACCUCCUGCCAACCUCUCUGCUGCCGCCCGGGCUCUUCUGCCUCUGCCAUCUGCCAACCAACUUGCUCUCGGACUUUUUACAUACCCAGCUCUUGCAAACCGCCUUGCACCCCUCCGGUUUCUUAUCGCCCAUUCUGUCGCCCAAUCUGCUCUGGACCCAUCACUUACAGGCAGCCGUAUGUGACAUCCUUCUCCUAUCGCCCUGCCUGCUACCGUCCAUGCUACUCCAUCCUGCGCCGUCCGGCCUAUGUCACUUCUCUCUCUUACCGUCCAAUCUCCUCCCGUCUGCCUUGUGCUGACUCCUGUAAACGGGAUUGCAAAAAAUCUACUUCUAGCCAACCAGAUUGCACUGACUCAACGUCCUGCAAGGCCGAAGUCUCAAAUGCCAGUCCCUGCCAACCCAGUGAGGCCAAACCCACCAGCCCAACCACCAGUGAGGCUGUAGCCACCUCGCCACCUGCCGCCAAGCCUGCUGACCACUGA